GUAUCAAUUGAUCCCCACAGGAAUAUCCAGCUGAUUAGGCCAUGUCCCUGUGCAAUGUCACCAUAGGUAAUCACAUCCGUAUACACUCCGGCGGAACAGAGGACGUCGUUGGCAAUGUUGGCUAUAUUGACUAUUGUGGCUCUCUGCACACGCUUCUACAAGAUCAACGAGCCUGAUGAGGUCGUGUUCGACGAGGUUCACUUUGGCAAGUUCGCGUCAUACUACAUCCGCGGCACCUACUUCUUCGAUGUCCACCCACCUCUGGCAAAGAUGAUGCUGGGCGCCAUGGGCUAUUUUAUCGGCUACGAUGGACACUUUCUCUUUGAGAACAUCGGAGACAACUACAUCACCAACAAUGUACCCUACAUCGGACUUCGCGCACUGCCAGCAUUCCUCGGCGCCAUGACUGUGCCUAUUGUCUAUAUGACCAUGCGUGAGGCUGGGUAUCCCGUUAUAACCUGUGCCCUGGCUGGCUUUUUCAUUACCUUUGACAACAUGCUGGUCACCCAGACACGUCUGAUCUUGCUGGAUUCAAUGCUCGUCUUCUUCAUGGUGUGCUCCAUCUACAGCUAUGUCAGGUUCUACAAGACCAGGAACAAUCCGUUCUCGGCUCGUUGGUGGGCCUGGCUACUUGCCACCGGUGUGUCUAUUGCUUUGACAACCAGUGUCAAAAUGGUUGGACUCUUUACAGUGGCUACAGUUGGGGUCGCGGUCGUAUGGGACCUGUGGGUGCUCCUGGAUAUUCGCCGACGACUGACCAUGCAGGAAUUCAUGAACCACUUCUGGGCCCGCGCCCUGGGAUUGAUUGUACUCCCUGCGGUCAUCUACUUAUUCUGGUUUUAUGUUCACUUUGCAGUCCUUACUCGCAGUGGCCCUGGUGACGAUUUUAUGAGCACCGAAUUCCAAGAGACCCUCCUGGGCAACACCAUGGCGGAUGGUCUCUUCAUUAAGUAUGGCGACAACAUCACUAUUCGACACAAGGAUACAGCCGUUUACCUUCACUCUCAUCCCCACAACUAUCCAAGGGUAUAUGACGAUGGACGUAUUAGCAGCGCAGGCCAGCAAGUCACCGGAUAUGCCCAUGCGGACCCCAACAAUGUUUGGCAUGUUGCCAGUGGCGAUCCCAACGACUCGAAAACUGGUCAGGAAGUCAAGCACAAGGAUGUGAUUCGCCUCUUGCACGUCACGACGUCCUCAUGGCUCUUGGCCCACGAUGUUGCCUCACCUACCAUGACGACUAAUGAGGAGAUCACGACAUACUCUACUGAGGAAGAUGGCUCUCGUUACAAUGAAACGACCUUUCAGAUCAUGCUCGAGAGUGGCGGAAACAAGUUGCGCACUAUGGCCAGCACCUUCAAGCUGAUCCAUGUGGACACCAAGGUCGCUAUUUGGACUCAUUCGCAAAAGCUCCCCGACUGGGGCUUUGAGCAACAGGAGGUCAAUGGCAACAAGAAUAUUAUACAGAAGUCGACCCUUUGGUGGUCUGAUAACAUCGAAGGAACCGACCCGGCGGAAGUUCAAGCGGAAGAGGUCAAGCCUGUGAAGAAGCGCUCUUUUUUCCUCAAGUUUAUAGAACUCCAAGGAAAGAUGUUCUCGCACAACGCUGGACUAACAGGAAAGCACCCUUAUCAAAGCCAACCCAUUGAGUGGCCCUUCUUGACCAAGGGCAUUUCUUUCUGGACUCAGGACUCUACUCGCAAACAGAUCUAUCUUCUCGGAAAUCCUCUGGGCAUGUGGAUUGCUGCCGGAUCACUUGCAGUCAUUGUCGGUGUUGCCGGCGCUGAUAUUUUGAGCCGUCGUCGUGGUUUCUAUCCGCUCGACCAGGGCGUCCAAAAGCGUUUCUAUUAUGCGACAGGUUUCUUCUUUGUAGGCUGGGCAUUGCACUACUUCCCAUUCUUCUUAAUGGGACGCGCCCUGUUCUUGCACCACUACAUGCCGGCGCAGGUAUUCUCGUACAUAAUUCUGGCAGCGGUGCAUGCGUUCAUGUUUACCGAGGGCGUGGACGGACCGAUCUCAGAGCCCGGUCCCGAGGUGCGUCCACGUCGGCUGCAGCGGGCGGUGGUACCGGCACUAGCGUAUAUCAGCGCAGCAGUGCUGGCAGCAAUCCAUUUGGGGUCGUUCUUGUACUUUGCGCCGCUGUCGUAUGGCACGAGCGCGUUGGAUGUCCCUGCACUUGCUCGCCGUAAGCUGCUUCCGCAAUGGGAGUUUCACUUUGCCAAGUAGAGUCGUCUCCUCAUAUUUCUUGCUGUCGAUAUCACCAUUGUCGUCGCCCUCAUGCAUCAAUAAAGUAUAGUGAGUGCCUUCGUACCUGAACAUGGGAUAUAAAGACGCCAUUAAUG